UGUGAUCCCAGCCAUACAGACUGAGCUGUGAUCCCAGGCAGAUGUGGAACUGUGAUUCCAGAGAAAGUGAAUUAUUACUCCAGCUGCAUUCUCGGACUAAAACGCCUGCCCGGGGGUAGGACCGCUGCCACCCGACCAGCCCGAACUGUGAUGUUGCUACGAUCUUUGCGCGCCGCCGCCGCCGUCUCCGCCCCGUCCGUCCGCCGGUGCCUGACGGGUCCGGUGCCGGCCGCCGUCCUGCCGCGUGCCGGCCUGUCGGCUCCGACACGCCUCUGUCACGCGACGCCGCCCAGCCAGCCGCUGGCGCGCCUGCAGCCGCGGCUGGCGCUCUCCUUCACCUGCAAGGUGUGCAGCACGCGCGUGCACAAGCAUAUUUCGAAGUUGUCGUACGAGCGCGGCGUGGUGAUCGUCGAGUGUUCGGGCUGUCGGAACCGACACCUGAUCUCCGAUCAUCUGGGCUGGUUUGCUGACGUGCAGGGCCGCACUGUGGAGGAGAUCCUGGCGCGGCGCGGCGAGAAGGUGACGCGCAUCGGCGCUGACGGCACCGUCGAGGCGGCGCCGCCAAAGGCGCCGCCCUGCCCCGGCGUCGAGAGCUAGUGGCGCCUCCUUUGUGUCAUCCGCCGUCGCUGC